UAUACGCUAUACAUAAACUAUGGUACCUAGUAUGAUGUGUUUGCUUGUGAGCCACAACAACCCGAAUCACACAAUGUCAUUACUACUCAUUCAACUCAUCCUCUCAUCAUCAAUUCUCAGUCUCACAACCUCUCAAAUUAGCACAUGCAGAACAUCCUGCGGCGACAUCCCCAUCAAAUACCCAUUCGGCAUCGACGACGGAUGCGGAAGCCCAUACUACAGACACAUUCUGGCAUGUUCUUCAGAGAACAAGCUCGAGCUGAGAACCCCUUCAGGGAGAUACCCAGUUCGGAACCUAAGCUACGCAGAUCCUCACGUUGUGGUGACUGAUCCCUUCAUGUGGACCUGCGAGGACGGUGAGAAGUUUCGUCCCACGAGGCCCUUCAGUUUGGACACGAGCACACACUUCAAGCUAUCUCCACAGAACGAGUACAUGUUCUUCAACUGCAGCGAAGAUGACGUCAUCAUUCAGCCCAAGCCCAUGUUCUGCGAGCACUUUCCCGAACACUGUGACUCGUCGUGUGACAGUGCUAGCUACCUUUGCAGGCACUUGCCCGGGUGCUCCUUUGCGCUCCCUCGUAGUACUUGUUGCUCUUACUAUCCUAAAGCCACCGAGUCCUUGAGGUUGAUGCUCAAGUAUUGUGCUAGCUAUGCUAGCGUUUAUUGGAGGAACGUCGGUGCUCCUAUGCCUUAUGAUCAAGUUCCUGAGUAUGGGAUCAGGGUUGACUUUGACAUCCCGGUCACCACGCGCUGCCUUCAGUGUCAGGAUCCGUUGAAAGGUGGUGGCACUUGUGGCUUUGACACGCAGAACCAGAGUUUCAUGUGUCUCUGUAAGGAUGGAAACUCCACUACUCAUUGUAGAGAUUAUGAUAUCGCAAGGCACAGUAGAAGGGUCCAUGUAAUCGCAGGGACAGUCUCUGCCGUUUCCGUUGCGGGUGUGUUUGGAAUUGGAGCUGCUGUUUGGUACUUGAAGAAAGUGAGAGCUAAAGCACCAGUCACGUGUGGAGUUCAAAGUAACGAAAAUAGACUAUUCUGAAGACGACCAAAUGAUGUUAACCAUACAUACACAUCUUCCUUUUGUUACUUUUUUUAUUGUGUUUACUUAUUUAUACGACAGUAAUGCAAAGUCAUAGAGUUGAAUCCCAAUUUUUUCGAGCUUGAUAUUGUCUUCUUUAUUAAUGUCGGCUUGUAUUUUAUGUAUAGUUUAUAGUUUAUUAGAAAGAAAGCACUUCGCUGCAGGAGAAUCAUAUCUUUCACACUUUUUUUGACUGCAAUCCUUAAGAAACGA